UGGAGGCCAAUGGCACAGCUGGGGGCGGAUUCAUGCGUAAAAAGCCAGGUAUAAAACCUACCUGUAUCCAUCACCAUCACAUCCAUCCAUCAAGCGACUCUCCAGCAGCCUGAAAAGCUCUCUCAUCCAUCAUGCCUUCUAACACAUCCGCCAGCAUGUUCGGUGGAGCAGGUGGAAGAGGCUCCAGGGCGUCCGUGUCCAGCCUGGAGGGGCUGCGUAAUGUGCUGCGUAAGGAGACGGACAGAGCCGCUCCUGCCGCUCCUGCCGCUCCUGCCGCUCCUGCCGCUGCCGCCGCUCCUGCCGCGCCCUUGGACGACAAGCAGACCCUGCGGGGUCUGAACGACCGUCUGUCCGGCUACCUGGGCAGGGUGGGACACCUGGAGAAGGAAAACGGCGAUCUGGAGGAACAGAUCGAUGAGAUUUUGGCCAAGAGGAAAACACCUGAGGGGCGCGCCUGGGACGAGGUUGAGAAACCUCUGGAUCACCUUAAAAAGCAGAUCAAAGACAUCACCAUGGAUAACGCUAAGCUGCUGCUCCAGAUUGACAACACCAAACUGGCUAAUGGUGACUUCAAGAACAAGCUGAACGAUGAGAAAAAGGCACGCAAGGAAUUAGAAAAAGACCUGGAGGAACUGAAGAAGACCAUCGAGGAUACCAAGCUGAACCGCAUGCAGACACAGAAAGAGAUCGAUCUGGUGAAGGAAGAGCUUGACCGCCUCGAGCAGGAACACAAAGAGGAGGUGGAUGUCCUGCGUGAGAAGAUCAACGACUCCGAGGUGAAGGUGGAGAUUGAGUCUCAGAACUCCAACUUGGCUGAGAUCGUCUACAAGAUCCGCACCCAGUACGAUAACCUAGCCAGGAAGAACCUGAAGGACACAGAGGACUGGUAUCAGAGCAAGUUUGACAACAUCAAGGUGGUGGAGGCCCAAAACAACGAGGAGUAUCUCUCUGGAAAGUCCGAGCAAAAGCAGCUGCUCAAACAGAGGCAAUCUCUGGAAAUUGAGAUCCAGAGUUUGCACAGCAAGAUCCACAAUCUGGAGGAGGCCCUGAAGAGCACCAAAGUGGAGUACGGUCAGCGCCUGUCCCCCGUCAACCGAAAGAUACUGGACCUGGAGGCGGAGCUGAGGGAAGUGAGGGCCCAGGUGGAGCGCCACGUGGAAAACAACAAGAACCUGCUGUGUGUGAAGAUGAAGCUGGAGGCGGAAACCGACAACUACCAGCGACUGAUGCAGGGCAUGACCCCUGACACUGAGAGCUCUGAGUUUUCUCUAGAAGACGCGGUGCAAAGCGACCAGCAGAAGCCUAACAAUAAGGUGCCCAAGCAGCAGGAAGAAGUGAAAGAAGAAGCCCUUGUGAAGCAAGAAAGCUCCCCAUCUGAUAAAUCCGCUCCCCUCAAAGCCCCUGAAGCAGAUAAACCCCCUGAAGUGGUGGAAGGAGACAAGGACGAGAAGGUUUCUGUCAACAAUGCAGCAGCUCCAGUCGCGCCACGCAAAAAGAAUAAACCCAAAAAGAGCAAAAAUAAGAAGGGUUCAUCCUCUUCCUCUUCUUCUUCUUCUUCGUCCUCUUCGUCCUCUUCGUCCUCCUCCUCCUCCUCCGAGAGUGAAGAUGAAAAACCCAAAAAAGAGGGUGAAAUGGCCAAAGCCUGAUCUGAAAUAGUUUUUUUACUGUCACUCAUCAUAACAUUGUCCUACUGUUGCUGCCAAACCUGUAAAGCGAUGAUGUAAAUGCGAUUGUCAGUAAAUAAAUGUUUGAUUUCGAAA